AUGCUUGCCCUCUCGCAGCUCGCGCUUCUCAUCCUUUGGGCCGUGCAACGUUUGCGGCCCUCCCGCGCCGCUCUCCCUGCUGGGGGCAUCGAGCUGGUGGCUACGCUGGUUUUAGGGCUCGUAUCACACGCUGAGCAUUUCAAGACCCUGCGGCCGUCGACCUUGAUUUGCUUAUAUCUGCCGCUCACCAUUCUGCUCGAUAUCUCGCGCGUUCGGACUCUGUGGCUGCUACAGCUGCGGCUUCCUCUAGCACCCAUGCUUACGGUAUGCCUUUGCGCCAAGGUGGUCUGGUUAAUCCUAGAAGCUCGUCAAAAACACCGCAUAGUACUAGACAGCUAUUGCGACGUGACCGAGGAGGAGGUGGCAGGCAUCCUCAGCCGGUCCGUCUUCGGCUGGCUGCUGCCCUCUCUCGUGAGUGGGUCGCGUAAAGAUAUCCUACCGAAGGAUCUGAUAUGUCUGGAUGCCGAGCUGCGAGCUUCUCAGGUCCAUGAUGCCUUUCAGCGGCAGUGGCGCUGCUGUCCUGACCCUCAACAACCCCAUAUCUUGGCCUGGUGUCUACUCCAAGCCUUCAAAUGGCAGUUGCUUCGCGCCGUGCUGCCCCGUCUAGGUCUCUUGGCUUUUACAUUGCUACAGCCAGUCAUUAUCGAGCGCCUCGUAGAGUACGUAGGCCUAUCCGACGAGCCUAAUCACAGGGCAAGAGGCCUGGGACUCGUUGGGGCCGUUGCUCUGGUUUACGGAGGGAUAGCGAUAUUUACUACUGUCUACUAUCAUUCCAUGUAUCGCUUCGUUGCCAUGGUCCGGGGCGCUCUCAUCUGCGCCACCUACCAGGCUGCUCUGGCGUCUCGCUUGUCCACAAGUGAUGACUCGUCUCCGACUCUGACCCUGAUAAGCGCCGACGUAGACACGACCAUCUUUGGCCUUCUUGAAACUCACGAAAUCUGGGCUUCCUUUGUUCAGAUCGGACUGGUCAUGUGGUUACUGGCCCGGCAGGUCCAUUGGGGGUCGACCGCGCCUCUGGUUCUUUCAUUAAGUUGUGUGCUCGCAAGUCUUUUAUUGUUCUCUCGCCUCGGCCAGAAGCAGAAACGCUGGAAUGAAAGCAUUCAGGUCCGACUCGGAGCUACGGCAGAUAUGUUAGCACACAUACGCGAGAUCAAGUUCUUGGGCUUGACAGGCUUCUUCAACAAUCACAUCCAGGGGCUACGCGCCAAAGAGCUGGAAACUUCCCAGAAACUGCGUCGCCUCCUGGUAGGGAUUGUCGUAAUUUCUCGCAUCACCAUGACUUUAGCACCUGUAAUCACCUUUAUCAUCUAUGCCGCUCCCAGCAACGGCUCCUUGCUUCCUGCUCGGGCUUUUUCUUCUCUGACAAUGAUCGGCCUAUUGUCUGAGCCCAUCAAUCUUCUCGUCCAGGCGGCUCCCGGAUUUGCAGGAUCCUUGGGCUGUCUGGAUCGCAUUCAGAAGUUCAUGACGAGCAGCCAUCCCGAGUCUGUAGUUUCAGGCCCUUCAUCUUCUGAAACAAUCCAACUCAAAGAUCCAGAAUUAUCCUUGCAUAUGCACAAAGCUAGCUUCGGAUGGAAGGCUGGCCACCCUGUGCUGCGCGAGCUAUCUAUCAGGAUUCCUCCAAGGUGGUCGGUGGCCAUCACUGGCCCCGUCGCCUGCGGUAAAUCCACUCUUCUCAAAGGCAUUCUUGGCGAGACCCCAUGGUCAUCAGGAAGUAUCGAUACCUACGGUCGAUCAAUCGGUUACUGUGACCAAAAUCCCUGGAUGCUUAACGCCACUGUCCGGGAAAAUAUUUGUGGUGAGGCCCUGCCAGAUUUGGCCCGAUAUAAGCGCGUCCUACACGCGUGUGAUCUAGAAGAGGACCUGGCAUCUUUACCUGAAGGAGAGCAGACUGUGGUUGGCAGCAACGCCAUAAAGCUCAGUCACGGCCAGAAGCAGCGCAUAUCCCUCGCCCGAACGCUGAUGCAAAAGACGGAUUUGGUUCUGGUAGAUGAUGUUCUGUCUGGUCUUGACGAGCAAACCAAGGCAAAGGUGCUCCGACAAGUCUUUGGUCCUCAUGGAUUGCUCAAAGAGGACGGUACUGCCCUGUUGCUUGUGACCACGGACACCCGCCUGCUUCACUUGUUCGACCAUGUUGUCUUCCUGACUGGGCUGGGAACUAUUGACUUACAGAGACCCGUCAAAGAAACGGAGGGCGAUGUCAUUAUGCAUGCGAAGCAGCAGGAGCAGCGGGAAAACAAGCAAGUCCCGCCUCCCGCGGGAGCAGUAUAUGGCCACGAGAAAAUACAGGAAGAAACAGAAGAGACGGCUCUGGCCAUGCCGCUCCGGACCUCGCGGAAGAGAGGCGACUGGACCUUAUAUAGCUAUUACGCCGCCGCCGCCGGAUGGUUCAAUACUUUGGUGUACUUGGUCCUGGUUGCUAUCUUAGGUGUUCUGUAUAACUUUUCCACAAUCUGGCUCAGCUGGUGGUCUAGCGCAAACGCAACUGGAAGCAACACUUCCGUGGCUGAGCGUCUCUCGGUAUAUGCCUCUCUAGGAGUAUUAACCCUGCUCCUUGUAGGCCUGGCUAGUUGUGCGCCUCUGUCCUUCUUCUCAGCGACUGAUAUAGGUGUCUUGAUGAAUCACUUCAGUGAAGACAUGCAAUUGUUCGACAUGAGCCUCCCGCUCGCCGCACUGAAUACUACCGCCUUUGCUGCCAUCAGCAUUGUCCAGUUAGUGGUCAUCUGUGUUUCUGCGCACUGGCUCGCGGCAACAAUUCCGGCAUGUCUGCUGACCAUAUAUCUGAUCCAACGGCUAUAUCUGCGCACCUCGAGACAGGUCCGGUUGUUGGAUAUUGAACUAAGAGCGCCGUUGUAUCGUCAGUUUCUGGAAUCUAUGCGUGGUCUCGUCACGAUCCGCUGUUUCAACUGGCAAGAAUCGUUCACGAACAAGCAUCAUGUGCUGUUGGACGACUCGCAGCGCGCUGUCUAUAUGCUCUUUUGUAUCCAGAGGUGGCUCGCGCUCGUACUUGAUCUCCUUGUCGCCGGCAUGGCAAUCCUGCUUGCUGUCUUCACGGUUACUCUGACAAACUCCAUGUCCGCCGGCGCCGUUGGGCUAGCUAUCAGCAAUAUUACAACCUUCAACUCCAAUCUGGCAGCUGUAGUACAGGCCUGGACUAAGCUUGAGACUUCACUGGGAGCCCUUGUUCGUACCCGAACCUUCAUGCAACAAACGCCUGUCGAGGUAGGUACUGGCGACAGGAUCACACUCCCACCGAACUGGCCACAGAAGGGCGGCAUUCACAUUGAGGAUCUUGUAGCCUCUUAUUCACCUUCGUCCCCCGUCACCUUGAAGAAGAUUUCUCUGCGAAUUGAGCCUGGCCAGAAGGUGGGCAUUUGUGGGCGGACAGGGAGUGGCAAGAGUUCUCUAAUAUUCUCAUUGUAUCGUGGCUUGCAUAUUCACAGCGGCCGCAUCCUGAUCGAUGACAUCGACUUGGCCACGGUACCGCCCGAAGAAAUACGCAUGCGGCUGAGCACUAUCACGCAGAAUCCACUUCUCAUUAGAGGCUCAGCGAGGUUCAACCUCGACUUCACAGGGGCCCAAACAGAUAUGGAGCUGCUCGAUGUCUGUCGUCGUGUCGGGCUAGACGAAUAUCUGCUGGCCAAUGGAGGACUCGAUGCCGAGAUGAGCUCGUUGACUCUCUCACCCGGCCAGACACAGCUAUUCUGUUUAGCGCGGGCGCUGUUGCAGCCAAAGCAAAUCUUGAUCCUUGACGAGGUGACCAGCAAUGUAGACCAUGAGACUGAUCUACGAAUGCGCGACCUCAUCGACCAGGAGUUUCGAGGCUGCACCAUUAUUGCGAUUGCGCACCGGCUGGACUUCAUCGCUAAUUACGACCGCGUCGCAGUGCUGGACGAUGGGGAGCUGGUUGAGUGGGGUUCCCCACAGACUGUCCUCACAGAACGUUCUCUUUUUGCCAGAAUCGGGCAUGCUAUCUGCUGCCGCCUCCUGUCAAACCCGACAUGCAAUGUCUUUGCAGUAGCUCGGUCCCCAGAGCCCCUGCAGAAACUCCAAUCUGCUCAUCCAGACCGUAUGCAGUACCUCUGCGGCGAUCUUGCCGACCCGGCUUUCGGCACGGUCGUAGUUAGACGCUGUCUAGCUGCCUUUGGUCACAUCAACGGAGUUGCCGUCAACCAUGCCAUUAUCGAGCCCGUUGGAGUGGCUGGCGAGAUCGAGGUAUCAGACUGGAUGGCUGCCUUCAACGUCAACUUCUUCGGGUCAGUAGCUCUGAUCAAUGCCGCACUCCCCGCGCUACGGGAAUCUCACGGGCGAGUCAUAAUCACCCAGUCUCAUUCCAUGCACCGCUACUAUCGCGGCUGGGGUCCCUACGGCGCCUCCAAGGCAGCGUUGCAUCACUAUGCUGGCACGUUGGCUCUAGAAGAGCCACUGAUCAACGUGCUGGAAAUCGUUCCCGGAAUGGUCGACACCGACAUGUCGACGCGAGUGCGCGAGCGUUACGGCCCGGCAAUGGAUGCCGAGGAUCACCAGUCUCUCGUCACACUAUACGAGACGGCGCAGAUGGUUAAGCCUGAGCAGCCAGGCGCAGUCAUUGCCGAAUUGGCCUUGAGGGCACCCGCGACGCUGCGCGGCAAGUUUCUUGAGUGA